AUGUCUGAGGAACAGGGUCAGGUGGACACGUUCCUCAACUCGCUUUCGAAGCUUCUGCAGGACAAGCUUCGAGAGGACCGUCAACGCCAACGCCAACUCGAACGGGAGGUGGCUGAGCUCCGCAGCCGGUCGCAACUGCCGCAAAAGAACCAGCGGCUGGUGAGUGCCGACGACGCUGAAUUGGCAGGCAGACCGAGCGAAUCCCUCGGAUUGCCCCCCAAGCUUGCAUUCAAUCGUCUGGUACCGGCUCGCAAGCCGCCGGCGUUGGCUGAAGACGACGACAGCAGUGGUGACGACGACGAUGACGAACACGCUCCUCCCUUGCCUAAGCGCCGGUCAACGCCGCCGUUGCCUCAACGAAGACGUGAUAAGACUCCCCCAUUACCCCAAAGAAGACAUAAUAAGACCCCACCAUUAUCUGAGAGAAGAAAUAACAAGACUCCACCAUUACCCGAAAGAAAGCACAAUAAGACCCCUCCCUUACCUGAACGGAGACACAACAAGACUCCACCCUUGCCAAAGCGAAAAGACAACCGCACACCGCCGUUACCUCGGCGUAAACCUAGCCUUGGGGUUAGGAACCGCGCUGAGUUACAGGACGUCGACUCCGACGAGGAUGCGCCGCCUUUGCCCCGCAGACGGGCACUGAUGAAUCAUGUCGGUGAGUCUACGCGUAUCGAAAGCGACGAUGAAGGUCCUCCGUUGCCUCGUCGGCCGGAUACAGACAAGCGGGUGCCGCCAGCUAAACCUAAACGCAAAACACCCCCGCAAGAAGGGUUCCCCGAGUAUGACAACUAUGUGAUGUCACCCUCCAAAGCUGAUAAUCACCAUCCAGAGGAAGAGAGUAAGUCUCUGGGAAUUGGUAAUCCGCGGUUUAAGGGUGCCAGUCUUUUGUCACAGUGGCAGCCACCAAAGCAGGCGGUGGGAGAGCCUCCCGCACCCCCCGCGCCUCGCAAACGGCCACCCCAGCAGUUUGUUGAUAUGGAACGCGAAAUCAGCGAGCAAAAGGUCACCGUGGCUCUGGUAGGUAAAUCGGUGAGUCGUUCCACUGCUGACGCGACGCUGAUACGCAGCUCUUCCGGCAGCAUCGUGCUGGGAGACUCAGAAGAAAGCUUGCCUCUCAAACCACCAAAACCAUCGUUAUCCGAUCGUGUUAGUCCAGUGGAAGAAAGGCCCGAGUUAAUCUCCUCUGACGAGUCUGAGCAGCACCCACCGCCAAUUAAAGCCCCAAAACCCAAGGUGGCAAAGUCCACGAACCCGUUGAAGCUGUGGAAGCCUCCUAUUAAGUUAACAGAGGUACCACCGCAACCCGUGGAUGACUUUGAGGCUGAAAACUACGACGACAACCGUGGUCGUGCCCCGGAAAAGCCUGCCAGAAAGGGAUGGAUGAACUCACUUUCUGCUAAUUCCAAGACUGAAAGACACACCCAAGUCAACGUACUGCCAACGAGAUCGCCAUCCAAGCUGAGCUGGAUGCUGCUGCUCCAAGCGAACCCCAAGACUGAGCGCCAUGUACAGCUGUCGACGUCACCGGUGCGGUCUCCUUCAAAGCUGAGUUGGAUGGCCCUGCUUAGCAGCAACAGUGCCACUACCGCUCAUCGCCAAUCGAGUCAAGCGGCGGUACCCACUUCGCCGGCGAAAAUCAGUCGCUCGCCCACUCGUACCGACUGGCUCUCGCUGGCCACUAGCAAGUCGGCCUCGCUGACCACAGCCCAUGGUGAAAGCGAGAUGACUCGUAGUGUCAGUCGUUCCCCUACUAAGCUGUCAUGGAUUGAUCUGGCCCUUUCACGGGGGACUGAUGCCCACCAAUACACCGACAAUACUAAACCAAACUUUGAGAUCAAAAAGCUGGCACGGGCAAAAGACAUUGUUGUUGAGGAUGACGACAAAAAGGUGCCUGAGUUUUUAAAUGCAAAGCUCAAACGAUCGCCAGAAAAGCCUACUGUGCCACCCAAGGCCACACCUGAGGAAGUACCAGUGGUGAGCCAAUUGCAAAAGCUUAAGGCUACCAAGCCACCCCCGAGAAAGCCUCCCAAGCCAUCGGACAAUGAAGACGAGGAGUUAUUAGCAUCGACAAUGGAGAAACUCGGUAAGAAGAAGCUUCCUCCCCCUAAAGCAGCGAAACCGUCACCAGCCGACAAUGAGCCCGCUAUUUUAGCAGAAAAGCUUCGCAGUCUUUCUCCUAGCAAAACCGAUACCCCCUCCAAACCUAAGGACAGCAAAUACCUCGAAGCCGAUGCUGCCGAAUUACGACUGCAAAUGCUGCGCCUCGGGCGGUCAACUACGACGAAGCAGGCACCCAAACCCGAAGCACAACCAGUGGAGGCGAUCGCCACUCUUUCCAAACUCAAAGCAGCGCCGCCAGUCAAACCUAAACCCAAGGAGACUCCUGAGGCUCUUGCCAAGCUUGGUGCUCUCAAGCACCCACAACCGCUUCCUCGAAAGGCUCCUGUCGAAGUUGAAGAACCUGAUUUCAAGGCUCAAUUGGGUAACAUAUUGAAGCGAGGGGCUCCACCUUCGGGAGGCCUGAGCGAUGGCCGUAAGUCGCCGUCAGACCUUACCCCCGUCAGUGUCAUGUCAGCUGUGCUGUUGAACUCGCUGCAGUUGUCAAUUGGACUGUCAUCAUCGUUAAAGCGAAGCGAUACCGUUAGCUCGGGAAAACUUCAGCAUGCCACCAAACUGAGAGCUAAGGGCCCCAAGCGACGCUUACCCAAACUGUCGACGAGCGAAAGUCUCAACGAGAAGGGGUCAGCUAGAGGCACACCUUUGCGGAAAGUGUCCACUGACUCUAAGCUUGACAAGAAGGCUCCACCGUUACCGGUGAAGAAAAAGCCGACGGUUGAAAGCCGUCAAUUCAGCGGUGAAGUGUUCAUCUAA